AUCCUCGUCAGAUCCCGUCGUCAGAUCCUCAUCUCCCGCCAUCGUCAGAUCCUCGUCUCCCGCCGCCGUCAGAACCCUUCAUCUUCGCACGCCUCGUAUUCGCCGCACGCCGUCAGAUCGUCGCCGACGGAUCCGCCGUCUGCUCCAUAAGAAGUUUCACAGAAAAAUACAACUCUCUGUUUCCCUCUCAUCAGUAAAUAACAAUUUUCUCGCAGUGGAGUACUCUCUCCGACGAUGGAAGAAGACGAAGAUGAAGAUAUUACUAGUAGAAUAUCAGAAGCGCAGAUUGGAUUGGGAGGCAUUGGAAAUUAAGUCUGAGAACCUUCUAUUUGAGUCAUUAAGACUACUACAGUUGAUGGAGCUCUCUGCACAUACCAUCAAAGCCACAGACAUUACCUCUUCGGUAAAAUGCUUUUUAAAAGAUACCAGCGAGAGAAUCAGAAAUUUCGCCCAUCUUCUCGUCACGGGCUGGGAGUUUCUUCUGAGUAAAUGGACGGCUGAUACCCGAGAAAGCUUCGAUAUAUAUUCGGCUAGAGAGGAGGAAAUUCCGUUUGAUAUAGGUGAUCUAUUGGCUUCACAGACUUCGACGUUUGAUCUCGCAAAUUUCUUCAACGGAAUGGUUGAUGAAUGGUCCCUUAGCAGAAGAGAGCAAAAGAGAACCGGGAAGAACAUUGAAGUAUUGAAAAGAUCCAUUCACAACCCUCAGGAAACUUUCAUCAUGAGUUACAGAAAUGAAAUGAGCUACCAAGUGAAACCAAAAGUUGUUUACAGGUUUCAUCGAAGAGUGGAGAAAACUGGAGAAAAUACUCAGUUAAAAACGAUGAAAAAUUCCAUCACGAAGCCUCAGAAAACUUUGAAACCAGGAGGAAAUCCAGCUUCAACAGAGCCAGCAAAGUCAGUCCUCCUAAAGAAGAGCACUGACAAACCGAGCCCCAACUUGAAGCCAAUACAAGUCUGUAAAAGGGCUUCACCAAAGAUUUUGCCUCGUGUCACUGGCAAACCUGAGGACCUGAUGUAUAAGGAGAAGCUCGAGGUUUCAAAGAGGAAGCUGCGAGAAAACUAUGAGGAUGCUGAAAAUAUAAAAAAGAAGCGCAGGGUCGUGAUGAUAGACCUGAAGAGCCUACCAGUUCAGCGAAAUAGCCAAGAGAAGCAUAAGGGGAAUCGAGGGUGUCAUAUUAAUAAAUUUGCAACAAGGUUGCCGAAACAUAAUCAUGUUUCUUUGGCUUGCUAGACAGGAGAAGGCAAUAAAUUCUGCAGAAGCAGAGGUCAGCGUAUGCACUCUUGGAAACAACAAGAGAAGUCGGUCUAAAUGCUCAGAAAAAGCUUAUGACAGUAGUUUCACUUGAAAUGUCAUGUUUGUAAUUUGUAAUUGUUUAUUUACCUGUCAAUAGUUUACAUUGACUUACUGGAAAUAAAGUUCAUUUUUUGAGAUA